CAGUAUCAAUCUUUUCAACAAGAAAUUAAAAAAGUAAAUAAACAAAUUAAUUUGUUGAAGAGAAGCAAAAAAGGCUUCCUUCUCCUCCCCCUCUCCAAUUCCACCGCCACCACCCUCCACCACACUUUCACCGGUCCAACAUGGCGGCUUCCGUCGAAAACCGGCAAUAUACCAUCCACGAACCGGGAAUGAACGGCGUCGUUCGCUCUUUCAAAUCCAACCACCGGUCCGACUCCCCAGUUCGUGGCUACAACUUUUCCAAAUCUGCCGAUAUCUCUUUCUCCAAUAAGCCCACUAAUAAUAAUGCAAAGGCUGAUGACUCGUCAAGCGAUGACGACGACGAAGACGACGAAGAAAACGAGUACGCGAUUGCUAUCAAGAAGGCGAACGCCGAGCUGGAACCCUCGGUCCACGACUCGAGGGACGAGUUCACCGCCGACAACUGGGUGGAGCGCAACCCGUCCAUGGUCCGACUCACCGGAAAACACCCGUUCAACGCGGAGGCGCCGCUGCCGCGGCUCAUGCACCACGGGUUCAUCACGCCGGUGCCGCUCCACUACGUCCGCAACCACGGGCCGGUCCCGAAGACAUCAUGGGACGACUGGACCGUCGAAAUAUCCGGUCUGGUGAAAAAGCCGAUGCGGCUCACCAUGCACCAGCUCGAGACCGAGUUCCCGAGCAAGGAGUUCCCGGUCAGCCUGGUCUGCGCCGGCAACCGCCGCAAGGAGCAGAACAUGAUCAAGAAGACCAUAGGGUUCAACUGGGGCGCCGCCGGGGUAUCCACCUCCGUGUGGCGGGGCGUGCCCCUACGCGCCAUACUGAAGCGGUGCGGCAUCAUGAGCACGAAGAAGGGCGCGCUGAACGUGUGCUUCGAGGGGGCGGAGGAUUUGCCCGGCGGCGGCGGAUCCAAGUACGGGACGAGCCUGAGGAAGGAGAUGGCGAUGGAUCCGUCGAGAGAUAUCAUAGUGGCGUACAUGCAGAACGGAGAGAGAUUGUCGCCGGAUCAUGGGUUUCCGGUGAGGAUGAUUAUUCCCGGAUUCAUCGGCGGCAGAAUGGUGAAAUGGUUGAAGCGUAUAAUUGUUACUACUCAGGAGUCUGAUAACUUUUACCAUUUUAAGGAUAACCGGGUUCUUCCUUCCCACGUUGAUGCUGAGCUGGCAAAUUCUGAAGCAUGGUGGUAUAGGCCCGAGUACAUCAUAAACGAGUUGAACACGAACUCAGUGAUUACCACACCAUGCCACGAAGAGAUCUUACCCAUCAACUCGUGGACGACUCAGAGGCCUUACACGUUGAGGGGCUACGCCUACUCUGGGGGUGGCAAGAAAGUGACUAGGGUUGAGGUGACGAUGGACGGGGGCGAAACAUGGAACGUCGGCAUAUUGGACCACCCCGAGAAGCCAAAUAAGUACGGUAAAUAUUGGUGCUGGUGUUUCUGGUCUUUGGAAGUCGAAGUUCUCGAUUUGCUUAGCGCUAAGGAAAUCGCGGUUCGGGCUUGGGACGAAACCCUCAACACUCAGCCCGAGAAACUCAUUUGGAAUCUCAUGGGUAUGAUGAACAAUUGUUGGUUCCGAGUAAAAACCAACGUGUGCAAGCCGCACAAGGGCGAAAUUGGAAUCGUCUUCGAGCACCCAACUCAGCCAGGAAACGAGUCGGGCGGAUGGAUGGCGAAGGAGCGCUAUCUCGAGAAAGCCUCGAACGAGAACCACACCUUGAAAAAGAGUGUCUCCUCACCGUUCAUGAACACCACCUCGAAAAUGUUCUCAAUGUCCGAGGUCCGAAAGCACAACCACGCCGACUCCGCCUGGAUCAUCGUCCACGGCCACGUCUACGACGCCACCCGCUUCCUGAAGGACCACCCGGGCGGCGCCGACAGCAUCUUGAUCAACGCGGGCACAGACUGCACUGAGGAGUUCGACGCGAUCCACUCCGACAAGGCCAAGAACAUGCUGGAGGAGUACAGGAUCGGCGAACUAAUCACCACAGGGUACCAGUCCGCCGACUCCUCCCCCAACAACUCCGUCCACGGCCCUUCGGGCAACAGCUCCUCGUACCUGGCCCCUAUUAGGGAGAUCAUGUCCGCAGGGGCCGGCGCGAGGGGCUCUGCCCUAGUGCCGCGGGCGAAGAUUCCGUGCAAGCUGAUCGCUCGCACGGAACUCUCCCACGACGUGAGGCUGUUCCGGUUCGCGCUCCCCAAUGAGGAGCACGUGCUGGGACUGCCCGUCGGGAAGCACAUUUUCGUCUGCGCCACUGUCGACGAUAAGCUAUGCAUGCGUGCGUACACACCGUCGAGUGACGUGGAGGUGGUCGGGUACUUCGAGCUCGUGAUCAAGGUCUACUUCGGCGGGGUCCACCCGAAAUUCCCCAACGGCGGGAUUAUGUCGCAGCAUUUGGACUCGUUGGAGCUCGGCUCGUUUAUCGACGUGAAGGGCCCGCUCGGGCAUAUCGAGUACACCGGAAAGGGGAAUUUCACGGUGCACGGCAAACAGAAGUUUGCGAAGAAACUCGCCAUGAUCGCCGGCGGCACCGGAAUCACUCCGAUCUAUCAGGUGAUGCAGGCGAUUCUGAAGGACCCGGAGGAUGAGACGGAGAUGUACGUGGUGUACGCGAAUCGGACGGAGGACGACAUUCUGUUGAAAGAUGAGCUGGACGCUUGGGCGGAGAAGUUUCCGGCGAGGGUUAGGGUUUGGUACGUGGUGCAGGAGAGUGUUAAGGAAGGGUGGAAGUACAGCUUGGGUUUUGUUACUGAGGCGGUUUUGAGAGAGCAUAUUCCGGCGCCGACUGGGUAUACACUGGCUUUGGCUUGUGGCCCGCCGCCGAUGCUGCAGUUCGCGGUGAACCCUAAUUUGGAGAAGAUGGGUUAUGAUACCAAGGAAUCUUUAUUGGUGUUCUAGAGGAAAUAUUAAUAUUAUAUUGAUAAUAAAAUUGGGGGGAGAAAAGUCAUAUUUCAUUAUUUCGUGGGGUACUUUUGUAAAUAAUUAUGUCGUGAUAUGUUGUAAGUUUUCUCUCCUUGUAUUUUUAUUUUUAUUUUGGAAUUUAGUAGGAUUUUUUUUUUAACCUUGUGUUUCCGAUGUUGAGUCAUAUUGUAAAUGUAUUAUAAAGAGUUAUGUAUCAAAUGAAAGAUGUUCGUAAGUUAAAU